AUGCCUAUCACCGCUGGCGAUGCAGCUCCUGGUGCUGCCAUGAAGGCUGAGAUCACUGACUACACCAAGGCCCUGGAGGUCGUGGAGACCUACUCUACUCGUGAUGGUCUUGAUGUUGAUACCCUGCUUGACUCCGAUAAGCACGGUGCAUUGACUUACAACGAUUUCCUGAUCCUUCCCGGUUACAUCGGCUUCCCCGCUUCCGAUGUCUCCCUGGACACCCCUGUUACCAAGCGUAUCUCCCUGAAGGCCCCUCUUCUAUCCUCUCCCAUGGACACCGUCACCGAGCACAACAUGGCUAUCCACAUGGCUCUGCUCGGUGGCCUGGGAGUUAUUCACCACAACUGCUCUCCCGAGGAUCAGGCGGAGAUGGUCCGCAAGGUUAAGAGAUAUGAGAAUGGUUUCAUUCUGGACCCCGUUGUCCUUUCUCCUACCGCCACCGUUGGUGAGGCCAAGGAGCUGAAGGCCAAGUGGGGUUUCGGUGGAUUCCCUGUUACUGAGAACGGAACCCUGAAGUCCAAGCUUAUUGGAAUGGUUACCUCCCGUGACAUUCAGUUCCACCGUGAUCUUGAUGAGCCUGUCACUGCCAUCAUGGCCACUGACCUCGUUACUGCCCCGGCCGGUACCACCUUGGCCGAGGCCAAUGAGGUUCUCCGUCAGUCCAAGAAGGGCAAGCUUCCCAUCGUCGAUGCUAAUGGCAACAUUGUGUCUUUGCUCUCUCGGUCUGAUCUGAUGAAGAACCUCCACUAUCCCCUGGCCUCCAAGCUUCCCGACUCCAAGCAGCUGAUCUGUGCCGCUGCUAUUGGUACCCGUGAGGAGGACAAGGCCCGUCUCAACCUUCUUGUUGAGGCUGGCUUGGAUAUCGUUAUCCUGGAUUCCAGCCAGGGUAACUCUAUGUACCAGAUCGAUAUGAUCAAGUAUAUUAAGAAGAACCUGCCCCAGAUCGACGUUAUCGGUGGUAACGUCGUCACCCGCGAGCAGGCCGCAGCUUUGAUUGCUGCCGGUGUCGAUGGCCUGAGAAUUGGCAUGGGCAGCGGUAGUGCCUGUAUUACCCAGGAAGUCAUGGCUGUCGGUCGCCCCCAGGCUGCCUCCGUGCGCAGCGUUGCAUCCUUCGCCGCUCGCUUCGGAGUUCCCUGUAUCGCCGACGGUGGUGUCCAGAACGUUGGGCACAUCGUUAAGGGCCUGGCCAUGGGUGCCAGCACCGUCAUGAUGGGCGGUCUCCUUGCGGGUACCACCGAGUCUCCCGGCGAGUACUUCGUCAGCAACGAGGGCCAGCUCGUCAAGGCCUACCGUGGCAUGGGCAGUAUCGCCGCCAUGGAGGACAAGAAGGCUGGUGGUGGCGGAAAGGACAGCAAGGCCAGCAACGCUGGUACUGCUCGCUACUUCUCCGAGAAGGACCGCGUCCUUGUCGCACAGGGUGUUGCUGGCUCCGUUCUGGACCGUGGCUCCGUCACUAAAUUUAUUCCUUAUCUCGUCGCUGGUGUCCAGCACUCGCUGCAGGACAUCGGUGUUCAGAGCCUUUCCGCUCUGCACGAUGGCGUUGACAAUGGCACCGUGCGCUUCGAGAUGAGAAGUGCCAGCGCUAUGACCGAGGGCAACGUUCACGGUUUGCACAGCUAUGACAAGAAGCUUUACUCCGUGCUUCUCGUAUCCUCAAAGAACGAGAUUCUUCUUCUCCAUCGUGUGAAGACCUCUUCCUCUUUUGCAUCUGCGCAUGUCUUCCCGGGUGGCAAUUUAUCCAGCCAAGAUGGGGAAUGCCCACCACCCGAAGACCUCACUCGACAUGAAGAUUCCCCUAGUUACCGACGUGCAGCCAUCAGAGAGCUCUUCGAAGAAAGUGGAAUUCUUCUCGCGAAAGACCGGAAAACCGGGAAGAUGCUUGCCGUCGAUGAGCCAAUCCGUGAAGCAGGCAGACGGCUCAUCCACCAGAACAAGACCACUUUUGAUGAGUGGCUGAGACAGCAGAACCCCGAUGCUGAGCCUGACCUAGACCCGUUGAUUCCGUUCAGUCGGUGGAUCACGCCAACUAACGUGCCCAAACGAUUCACCACGCAGAUGUAUCUCUACUUCUUGCCAUUGCCAAUCAAUGUCGACAAGAAUGUUCUCGCUCAGCUCCCUGCAGAGGGCGAACACGACCAGCUCGAGGUCCCAACCAGCGAUGGUGGAAUUGAGGUCACGGAAGCACAGUUCCUUCCGGCCUCAGAGUGGAUUAAACGUGCACAAAGAGCAGAGGUCAUUCUGUUCCCACCUCAGUUCCUUCUUCUGCACUUGGUAUCGCAGUUCCUGGACAAGGAGCCUCGUGCAGGUGCCUCCAUUGAAGAGAUGGAGAAGCGUCGCCAGGCGCUUGUUGAUUUCACCAAGUCAGGUUCUCCCCCAUGGACAGAUAAGUGCAUCUCUCCCACAGUUGUUCAGAUGACCAGUGACGGGCAAUCUAUUUUGAAUUUGAAUAAUCCUGGACCUGAGUUGAAAGGGUCGACUAGGCGGGGAGAGCCUAACAUCGUUGUUCUCGUGCGGUUCAAGAAGGGCAGUGCAAGGGAGGUCUCUGUGAGAUGGAAGAAGGAUGUUUUGCAGGAAGAGAGAGAGAAGAGUAAUCUAUAG